UACAUGUAUGAUGAUUCCUUCAGGCAAUACAAAACAUCUGUCAGCACCGUGGUAGUUUCUCAGACAUGGACUGAUCGCCGUCGUCUUUUUACGUCAGACAGUGUCCACUAGGAGUCCCGCAACAGAGAAGGUGGUAAGGUAACAGAAGAAAUCUUGAUCCCGGAGCUUUCCAGGCCUAUCCUGACUUGAGAUCCUGUCGCUUCAGUAACAGAGAGAGUGUGAGUUGAAUGGGGUCCUCCUUCAGCCGGAAGUGGUUUGGACUCGCCCAUCUGGGCAGGUCGGGGGUGGACGAUGACUUCCAGUCUAGUGACGUCAUGACGAGUUGUCGCGUCAUCACGGUGGCCCCCCGGGACGACCCCUCCCCCCAGGAGGGCCGGGAAACCCCGGGGGAGCUGGCCUGGUUCAGCACCCACCUCACGCCGCUGGCACGGGGCGGCAUGGUCACCCUCAGGACUUUCCGAAAAUUCGCCAAAGACACGGAGCAGACAUUUGCUGCUAAGUGGUUUAGUCUCCUGGACAAAGAGGAUUCAGGGAAGCUCAGUAUCCAGGUGGUCAUCGGAGGUUUGAGCAGACUAGCCAGUCACGAGCGGCGGCUGAGGCUCCUGAAGUGGCUGGAAGACCGACUGGCUGACUUCUGCACGGAGAACAUCCUCAUCACGCCGGACAGGCUCAGGAGGUUCUUCUUAACGAAGGGGACUGUGGAGAAGUUGUUCGGGCUGGCGGAUGUUGACGGCGACGGGCGGAUCCCCCUUCAGGAGUUACUGGGCCGACUUUGUCUGCUAUCCAAUAUUGACAACACUACCAAGUACCAAGCGUGGCUGGAGUACCGGUUCGGCCUGAUCGUAGGACCGGGAUCAACCAUCAGCCUGGCGAGUUUCAAGGCGGAGUUAAAGUCACAGCAACAUUCGUUCCUGGCCGAGCAGCUGUUCCACGUGUUAAACAAGGACGGCGGUUCUGAGCUCAGACUCAGCGACUUGAUGGCCGGACUCUCCUGCCUACUGAAAGGAUCAGAAGAAGAGAAGGCCAAGUUACUGUUCCAGGUCUAUGACGUGAACGGUAACGGGUCCAUAGACCGUGGUGAGUUGAAGCUGGUGCUCAGCUCCUGUAUGGAGGAGGGCGCCUUCAGUGAUGACCAGAUCUCCGACCUGACAGAGGCGCUGUUCGAAGACGCCGACUCGGACUGCUCCGGGGCCAUCACGUACAUCGAGUUUCUUGAAGAAAUGUCGCGGCAGCUGGAACUGCUAGACUGUCUGGCUCUGAGUGUUGUUUAUUGCGCGGAGCCGGUACUGGAUGUGAAGGCCAGGUCUCCCCCCGUCCUGGGCGGCAUGUUGUCUGUGCAGGCGGUGAGGAACCACCUGCGGACGGUGGUGGCCGUGGCGCUGUACGUCGUGCUGAACGUGGCCCUGCUCUGUGACGCCGCCGUCCGGUAUAACAACAACGUCGCCAUGGCCGUGGCUAAAGGCUGUGGACAAUGUCUGAACCUGAACAGCAUGUUCGCCCUGCUGCUCAUGCUGAGGAAGAUGCUGUCCUACGUGCGGUCCACGACCCUCGGCCGGUACCUGCCGCUGGACCAGAACAUCGCCUUCCACAAGGUCAUCGGGGUCAUGAUCCUGAUCUUCAGCGUGGUCCACACCGUAGCGCAUGUUUACAACUUUGUGAAGUUGACAGAGGUGACUUCACAUACGUUGCUGGAGUAUCUGGUGGGAACACAUCUCGGGAUCGGCUGGAUGGCCGGCAGUGCUAGCGUGACCGGCUGGGUCUUACUGGCCCUCCUGUUGGUCAUCACGCUGUCCAGUACCAGCUAUGUCCGCAACAGUGGUCACUUUCAGGCCUUCUACUGGAUCCACCAGCUGACCCUGCCGUGGUUCCUGCUGCUGGUGAUCCACGCCAGGUUUUUCGGCCUGUGGCUGCUGCUGCCGGGACUGUUCUACGUCAUCGAGAGAGUUCUACGCACCAAGAUGGCGCGGGUGACGCGAUACGGACACAUGUCCAUCCAGCAGGGGAUUGUCCUACCAUCUAAGGUGGUCCACGUGGUUGUGUCCCGGCCCGUGAACUUCAGGUUCCAGCCGGGUGAUUACGUGUACCUGUGCGUGCCCGCCAUAGCCACACAUGAGUGGCACCCCUUCACCAUCAGCAGCGCUCCGGAGCAGGAAGGGACGCUAUGGUUCCACAUACGGGCAGUCGGAACAUGGACCAACCGGCUGUACCGCCUGUUCGAACACCACACGGAGAGACUGCGCUCUAACACGCCUCAACAGCGCAUCGACUCCGUGGAGUCUAUCAUGAACUCCGUAUCCACGGGAGGAAGCACUGUCCUCCCGGAGAUCCAGCGGAGCUCCUCUACUCACUUAACUACGUCCAGCAGUAGCACGGCUCCGAGUAGCGAGGUAGAGUCGUCACACGAGUACAAGAACAUCUCCACCCUGGCUCCGACAAAGCCGCGCCAAAACAAAGUGUCCAGAGACAGCGGGGUGUACCUCUGUGAGAUCGAUGGGUCCAGGAAAGGGUCGGAGACGAACGGAGUGGUGCCUCCGAUGGAGAGAAACGACUCCCGCAUGUCGUGUUCUUCGAUAGGUCAGGACUUUUCUCACAUGUUUAGACCUCCCACGGUGGUGAACUUGGCCGAUGGGAUGUGCCACGCCAGUGGGUUUGAGGUGUACAUGGACGGUCCGUACGGCGCCCCGUCUACCCGUAUCUUUGACUCGGAGCACGCCGUGCUGGUGGCCGCCGGGAUAGGAGUCACUCCCUUCGCCUCCAUCCUGCAGAGCAUCGUCCAGCGGUUCCGCCGGGCGCGGCAGACAUGUCCGCGGUGUAAACACGCCUGGACUGCCGAGACAACUAGGAACUUCCUCACCCUGAAGAAGGUGGACUUCUUCUGGAUCAACCGUGACCACAAGUCGUUCGAGUGGUUCAUCAGCCUGCUGAGUCAGCUGGAGAUAGAACAGUCCGAGAUGGGCAACUUCGACAGGAACUUCCUGGAGAUGCACAUGUACAUGACUUCUAUGUACGGUCGGACCGACUCCAAGGCUAUCCGGCUGAGGAUGGCGAUGUACCUGACACACAAGAAGGAGAAACGGGACCUCAUCACCGGGCUGAAGACACGAACACAGGCCGGGAGGCCGGACUGGGACAAGGUUUUCCGACGACUGGACGCAGAGAAGUGUGGAAAAGUGACUGUGUUCUUCUGCGGGUCUGCCCAGCUGGGGAAAGUGCUCCAGAAAAAGUGCAUGGAACACGGCUUCCAGUUCUGCCAGGAAAGUUUCUCCUGAACAAAGACGAAGAUGAAGAAGGUCUGGUUCCACUCCUUGCGAAGCUGGCCGUUGUACACCACAUGAGUUAUUGAGAACAUACAGUUCUCUGGUGACUUUCAAACGCCUGAAGAUGCCCUUCCUUACGAUCGUCAAAAUAAACAAGAGAUGAAGGAAGACCAGUAUAUACCAUGUAUACAAUAGGCGGUUGGGAAUGAUUGAAUAUUUUUGUAUGGAUCAAUACAGUAGUACAACUAUGGUGGUAUGGCCUCAGAGUGUAGUUUCUAUGUACAAUAGGAAUUCGAAGAUCUCAUAACCCCAUGAAAUAUUUAGCUUUUGUAAAUGUUUGUAAAUGCGU